AUGAAUGAUGUUGAAACACUCCUUUCACAAUUACCUGUAUUAAAGCAUCUUCGAUUACUCUUUCCAAGGUGUGAACCUAAUUCUGGAUUAUUUGAUGGUUAUAGAUGGGAGAAGUUCAUCCGAACGAAAUUAUCUCUGUUGAAUAAUUUUGAAUUCUCAUUCGACGUUUUAAAACGUUUUAAUUCAAAUGAUGUUACAACAGAAUCGUUAAUUGCAUCGUUUCGAACUCAAUUCUGGCUUAAAGAUAAAAAUUGGUUUAUCAAGUGUAAUCUUCAAGAAGAAAUAGUUGGUGAAGUAUUUCAUCUAUAUUCAAUACCACUCUUUAAGAAGUAUGUCACAUAUCCAGAGUAUCAAAACGCAAUUCAACAUUCGACAUCGAACAUAGCUGAUAAUAAUGCAACAAUCAUUGUUAAUACAUCUGAGCUAUCCUUGGACUUGGACAAAAUGAUAUUUAAUGAAUCUCAACAAAAUGUUAGCAUUAUUUUAAUUAGUUCAACACCAAAUUAUUUCUUUCAAAAUGUAACAAAACUUUGUCUCAGCAUCAAUCAAACAUGGUCUAUAGAUUUAAUAAAACAUCUUUCAACAACUGUUAAUCUAUCGUGUCUUAAAAAAUUGACGUUAAUACUUUGGUCUAAGUCUGAAACUAUAAGUUUUCAUGAAGGUGCUAAAAUUCUAUUCAAUCAAACUUCGAACCUUCGUUCAAUUGAACUAAUGUGUGAUUAUGAUACAGUAGGAAAGUUAUUUCUGACUGACAUCCUUUCAAAUUUACCUUGCCAUGUCAAACAUCUUGAAACUAGUAUUCUCAAUGUGGAGCACGCGACAAUGAUAUUGGAGAGAGCUGAAUAUUUAUCAAAUGCCAAGUUUCGAGUAUUUAAUGGAUAUGAAUUUUGGACUCAUAUCACUAAAUGGCUCUCCCAAAAUGGAAGAGAAGCCACAAUUAAGGAAGAGCUUGUACCCCCUCUUUGUAAAACGGCACCACCUACAUGUUAUAUGUACCUGUGGUUUGAAAAUCGCAUGAAUAAACAAAUAGAUGCAUAA